UCAACACGGAUUAUGUAAAUCAGUUCAAUGCGUCAACUGUUGCCAUGACGAUGGGAAAGAGCAUCACUGGAGUUUUAGUGAAGCAGACAGACCCCAAGGAACUGGAUGAGGUAUCCCUCGGCUACACCAAAGUCAAUGAGAACUUCAGCAUUCUAGAGGACAGCAGUGCUCUCUCCCGGUUUUCCCGGUCUGUAACUGUGUCUAAGGAGGCUUUCAUGAUGGCCAUGAGUAUGAAUAUAAGUGAACCAUUUGCUGCAAUUUUCCGCUUUCUCAAUAUGUCCAAGGAUGAGUAUAACAGCAGUGUCUUGGAUGAUGAAGUUAUAGCAGUUGAGAUGGGUGCUGCUAUCAGAAAUCUGACUGACACAAUAAACCUCAACUUUAGGAACUUGAACUAUAAAGGAAUUCCAUCCUGUCGCUCUUGGAACGGCAAUGGAAGUCAGCCGACGUGGAGUGAUGAUGGCUGCGAGACACUAGUUACUAAUGUCAUUAAUGUAACAUGCAAGUGUACUCACAUGACGUUUUUUGCUGUCUUACUGACUCCCAUCAAUGAAACCAUCAGCAGCUCUGACCUGAACAUCCUCACCACCAUCACUCGGGUCGGCUGUGGCAUCUCCAUGUUCUUUCUGGGCAUCAUUCUGUUCAUGCACUUUAUCAUGAGGAGAGCCAGAGCCAGUAAUUCCACCAAGAUUCUGAUCCACUUGGUAGUCGCCAUGUUCCUCCUGGUGUUCUCUUUCCUCGUGAAUGACUUUGUGGCACAAACCAAAAACGUUGUAGGCUGUACAAUUAUGGCCGCUUCGAUGCAUUAUUUCAUGUUGAGCACUUUCACCUGGUUCGGGGUUCACGCCUUCCACCUCAGUAUGCAACUCCACUCCCAGGGAAAAAUACACAUCCAACGCUACGUGCUUAAAGUCGCCGUUAUCAGCUGGGUGUUGCCCAGUAUAGUCAUAAUUGUCCUGCUGAGUGUUGGUAAAUAUGGAGAAGUGACCAUCCAGACUGAAAAUACUGCAACAAGUCCAUCCAUAUGUUGGAUCCUAGACAAUACUGCCCACUACAUCGUCAACAUUGGUUAUUAUGCUUUGGUGUUCCUCUUCACCUUCUCUACCAUGGUCCUGAUUCUAACCUGGCUGUACUAUAUGAGGAAGAACCAGAAAGCAGGCAUGCAGGGUAAAAAUGCCUCCAGUUGUCAGAAGAUUAUCACCAUAACGGGCUUGUGCUGUGUCCUGGGUGUGACCUGGAGCUGCGCCUUCUUUGCCUAUGGGAUUUUCCGUGUUCCUGCUCUCUACUGUUUCACAAUCCUCAAUUCAUUCCAAGGUUUUUGUCUGUUCAUCUACUACUACAAGACCAGCCAUAUGGUGGAGAGUAAGGAUCCCAGCAGCACCAGCAGCACCAGCACUCUCAAAACUAACCUGGAUGAAAUCUUCAACCCUUAUGACAACGAUGGCAUUAAACCCAAGCCAGAGUGACCGAAGGGUCUGUUAGGGCUGCAACUUAUAGUAGUUGACUAAUAUGCAUUAAGUUUAUUUGUCAAACGAUGUUUUUUUUUAUAGCAAAAGAAAAAAUGUAUUGUCAACUGGACAACAGUUUGUGAAGGCGUUUCGCCGCUCAACCAAGUAGCUUCUUUAGUUCCUAACAAAAAUUGCCUCUUUAACUCCCCUCUCAAACCAUUUAUUUUCUUUGGCUAAAAUCUGAAUCUCACUAUCUUCAAAGGAGCACUUGGGGCCCUGAGCUGCUCU